AAAUCUUCUCUUGGAGAACUUGGCAGUGAGAAAGCUGGUGACGCGACUGACAGAAACUGACGGCAAUCUGGGAGUUUUCACGUAGCGACAUGAGCGUUUGGAAAACAGAAGCCUUACUACACUAAUUUGUCAAAUAAUGCACUUGAAUUUAGGACUAUCGCUCUCUCUGAACGAUACGAUUAUCAUAGUAUUUGAGAAGAAACACUCGAGGCUCAAGAAACAUAAUCAGAACAGGAAAAGCGGCUGGAAGAGUUAAGCUACGCAACGCCUAAUCAAGAGAAGUUUAGAAAAAAUAGACACAUCACAGUCGAACUGCUUCAGGUUUCUAGUCGUGCGUUCGGGUGACUUGGGCUCUGGGCUGUUGAGAGGAAGCAUGCGUGGAGGCGAGCUUGUCGUGGCGCUGCUCCUGGCUGUGGGGAGCUGUGCGGCGCGGGGAGGGAAGAGGAGCCGCAGAGUGUGUGCAGAUCUUCCUGAGGAGAUUCUGGAGCAGAGGUUCGGGCGCCUCUCUGUCGGAGUGCUCAAUGCUUUCCAUCACACACUCCAACUCACAGCAGAGCCGCAGAACCUGAGCUGCCCAUCAGCAGCUCUCCUGCAGCCCGUCAACAGUUCGAGCUUUCCAGUCAAUCUGCUAAGUGUUUCACCAUGGGCAUACAGACUGAGGCACGACCCAGCGCGCUAUCCCCGCUUUAUUCCCGAGGCGUACUGCCUGUGUAAGGGCUGUCUGACGGGGCCGGGCGGUGAGGAGAGUCACGAGUACCACAGUGUUCCGGUGUUUGUGCCCACCGUCGUGCUGCGCCGCUCAGCCUCGUGUGCCGGAGGCCGCCGCUCCUACACCGAGAGCUACGAGUCCAUACCGGUGGGCUGCACAUGCUUACCAGCAGUAAAGACCGAGCAAAGCACACAGAGGAGCAACCAGAGCACACGGAGAGACGUGCAACACUCCACCAAACGGAAAAAAGUCCCCAACUGAACUACAGAGGCGCUGUACAUGCUGCUCAAAGUGCAAUUUUUUACAAAGUCUUGUUUUUGGUGGAACCUGCUGCAUUACUGUGUAGUCGGGUUACUAAAACAUUUACCAUUACAAUGCUGCUGAAAGAAUGAUAGAAUCAUAUCUGACUGCACUGCACAUGAUACAGGUAUGAGUGUAGACUUACCUUGCAUAUUCUUUUUCAGAAUUACUUUGUGUACAUGCAUGCAUAUGAUUAAACUGUUUUUAUAUUUAUUCAAAGUGCAAUAAUAUGGAUGGGAAUUGUUUUGAAUGUGGUAUGUUUUGAGCAAAAACAGAUUAAUUUGAUUCUGAUUUAAGGAAAAAAAAAAAAAAGAGGAGGAGGAAAAUGCAUAACAGUUUUUACAGCAAUGCUAUAUUUACCAUAUUAAGCAUCACAAAUGCAUUUGCUUUCACAGAGCCAAGAAGCUAUUGUUUAUAAUAUGCACAAUUCAUGUUAAUCAUGAUUUAAAAAAAAAAAAAAAAAAAAAAGGCUGG